GAGAUGCAAAAAAUAAUUAUAUAGCAAAUAUGGAGGCAGCAUAAAUAACAAACGCAAAACAGAUGACACAGCAUCACAAAAUUAUGCCUUAAAAAGAGAAAUAAAGGGUGAAAACACCAUCAGGUUGAUCUAUUACAUAAUACACAUACGAUGGAUUCAGAUACAGAUGACUUUAUGUAUGAUGAAGAUGAGCUCUCAGACCCAGAAGACGAUCAAAACGAUGAUUUUGAUAUUUCGUGCGAUGUCGAAGCAGCUGGAAGAGGGGAGUCGUCGUCUAAACGGUUUAUGAAAGACGAGGAUGACUUUUCAUUUGUUUGUCUUACUCCAGAGUCUAUUGUUACAACUAUGAGAAAGUGUAUAGAUGAAGUUAACUCUGUUUUUGAGAUACCUUGUGCAACUGCCCGUAUAUUACUGACACACUUUAAAUGGGAUAAAGAAAAAUUACUUGAAAGAUACUAUAGCAGUGACCAGGAUACAUUGUUUAAAGAAGCACAUGUGAUUAGUCCACACAAAAAUCAACAGUCAUCAGCAAGAACAUCACGCUCUGGUAUUCGUAUCCAUCCGAAAUUAGAAUGUGAAAUAUGUUUAUGUCCAGUCCCAGCAAAGAUGCUGACGGGGCUUGAAUGUGGACAUGUGUUUUGUCAGUUUUGUUGGAACGAAUAUUUAAUGAUGAAAAUUUUGUCAGAAAACACUGGUCAACACAUAUUUUGUCCAGCAAGCAAAUGUGACAUAUUAGUGGAUGAAAAUUUUGUUCUAAAAGUUUUACAAGAUGCAAAUAUACGCUCCCGUUAUCAUAAAUUAAUUGCAGAUAGUUUUGUGCAAAGCAAUCGUCUCAUGAGAUGGUGUCCUGCACCAGAUUGCAGUAACGCCAUUAAGGCUAUAUAUAAUGAUGCCAAACCAGUGACUUGUUUGUGUGGGUUUGUGUUUUGUUUUGGAUGUGUUCAGCCUUCACAUGACCCCGUAAAAUGUCAAUGGUUAAAAAAAUGGUUAAAGAAAUGUGAUGAUGACAGCGAGACAUCAAAUUGGAUAUCAGCAAACACUAAGGAAUGUCCGAAAUGUCACGUGACUAUAGAGAAAAAUGGCGGGUGUAAUCACAUGGUCUGUAGGAACACUUCUUGUAAGGCUGAUUUUUGUUGGGUUUGUUUGGGACCAUGGCAAUCACAUGGCUCCAGUUGGUAUAAUUGUAACCGUUACGACGAAAAAGACGCACAAGCCGCGCGUGACGCACAGGCUGUGUCGCGCGCUGCUUUGGAACGGUAUUUAUUUUACUGCAACCGUUAUAUGAAUCAUCUACUGAGUGCAAAAUUCGAACAGAAACUAAAUAAUCAAGUAAAAGAAAAGAUGGAGAAUUUACAACAAAUGAAUAUGUCAUGGAUAGAAGUACAAUUCCUGAAGAAGGCUGUUGAUGUUCUAUGCAUGUGUCGGAAUACGUUGAAGUACACAUACGUGUUCGCCUUUUACUUGACCAAAAAUAACCAUUCUAUUAUCUUCGAGGAUAACCAAAGAGAUUUGGAAUUAGCUACCGAACAAUUAUCUGAAUACUUAGAACGUGAUAUAAAUACAAGCGAACUAAAGGCGAUUCAAGAGAUCAAACAAAAGGUUCAGGAUAAGUACAGAUAUUGUGAGCAGAGACGAAAUGUUCUUCUAGAUCAUGUGCACGAAGGGUACGAAAAAGAUUUCUGGGAGUAUCAGGAGUCUCUUUGAUAGAUAUUUGCCUUGUAUUUUAUUUCUUCGGAUUUAUUCUGAGUACAAUUUUUUUCUAGCAUGCAGUAUAAAUACUGUUUUUUUAAUGGUCUGAGUAAAAGUGAUAAUCGCUCAAAGUUGCUCCCUGUAAUUACUAGAAUUUCGUUUUUUAAAAUUUUCUUAAGAUGCAGGCUUUAAAAGGGUUGUGUGAGAGUUUUAAGGCUCGUUUUCGUUUGUCUGUAUUGUCCGCUCUGGCGCAAAAUACAGCCGAAUGAAAACAAGCAAGGAGAUGCCCGUCUCGCAAUGAUUCCUAGGAUUAAUUAUUCUUAUUUUUUUCCAAACGAGGCGACUCAUUCGUUUCAAACUUAGUUUACAACCAUAGAGUAAAAUUAUUUUUAUUCUCCAAUGUUUGUGGUUGUUUCUUUUUGUUUAUAUUUUGUCGUUUUGUAAAACAAGUUUAAAUAACAAUAAGAU